AUGUCCCCUUCCACUCAACGUGCCCUAAUGCAAGCCGAAAAAUCCGGACCCCUCUCAAUUCAAACCACCGAAAUAUACAAGCCCCUUGCAAGCGAGAUACUGAUUCGAAUCCAAGCGUCCGCGCUCAACCCCGUCGACGCAGCUAGCCAGAGAUCAGGCGUGUUCAUAGACACGUAUCCCGCCGUUCUAGGGCUCGAUAUUGCUGGAGACGUCGAGGAUAUAGGCGAGGGAGUGACAGACUUUAAAAAAGGCGAGAGAGUGCAAGUUUUUACUCAAGGUACUUUUGAAAUCAGAUCGAGAGCUUUCCAGCAAUUCGCAGCUGUGAAAGCGUCGACCGUCGCAAGGAUCCCUGAUUCUUGGAGUUACGAUCAGGCAUCUGCGCUUCCUGUGGUCGUUACAUGCGCGUAUGUUGGAUUGUACAACCAAGUCCCGGACGGUUUAGGCAUUCCGCCUCCUGUAACCGAAGCCAGCCAGGGAAUAUUCAACGGAACUGCCAUAGUCGUUCUCGGAGGGGCCACGUCUGUGGGACAAAUAGUCAUUCAAUUCGCCAAAUUUUCAGGGUUUUCUCCGAUCUUCACAACGGCCUCCUCGAAGCACGCAGCCUACCUUCAAAAUCUUGGAGCAACCCACGUCUUCGACAGAAACAUAUCAUCAAGCGAACUCUCCAGCAAAAUAGACCAACUCUACGAUGCCCGUCAAGUCAGUCUGGUGUAUGACGCCGUCAGUUCCGCAAGCACUCAGCAAACAGGACUUGACGUUUUAAGUCCUGGGGGAAAGAUGGCCAUUGUGCUUCCGCUGUCCGAGGAUGUCAAAGUGCCGGAUGGGAAGGUGGUUUCGAGUAUCCUUGGUCUGAUGACGGUGCCGCAACAUCGAGAGCUCCUUGAAACUCUGUACCACGAUAAAUUGUCUGGGUGGCUCGAGAGCGGUGUUAUCAAACCUAAUAACAUCGAAGUCCUCCCGAAUGGACUUGAAGGGAUUGUAGAGGGUCUUUCGAGGUUGGAAGCGAAACAGAUUUCGGCGUCGAAGUUGGUUGCGCAUCCGCAAGAAACGAUCUAA